AUGGAGUGGAGUGCGACUAUAUUGGCCCUUCUGGCCAUCUGCACUUCCUGCCUGCUGCUGUUUCGGAAGGGGAAAGGGCAGGGCACAGGGGGGCGGUUGCCUCCCGGACCUCACCCACUGCCCAUCGUGGGCAACCUGUUCCAGCUGGAUCCUAAGAAUAUGGUCAAGUCCCUGAUGGCGCUGAGAGAGAGAUACGGCUCUGUUUACACCAUUCAUCUGGGUUCGCAGCCUUUUGUGGUGUUGUGUGGAUAUCAGACUGUGAAGGAGGCCCUCGUGGACCAAGGCGAGGAAUUCAGUGGGCGCAACGAGUUUCCAGCAUUGACUCAUUUCACUCAAGGGGAUGGGAUUUCUUUUUCUAAUGGAGAAAAAUGGAAGGUGUUACGCCAUUUUGCUGUGCAGACAUUGCGUGAAUUUGGGAUGGGUCGACGCAGUAUCGAGGAACGGAUCCAAGAGGAGGCCCGGUGCAUGGUGGAAGAGCUUGGCAAGACCAAAGCAGGGCCUGUUGAUCCCAGUUUCCUCAUCGGCGGUGCUAUCUCCAACAUCAUCUGUUCCAUAAUUUUUGGGGAUCGGUUUGAGUACGAGGACAAGAAAUUCCUCACUUUGGUUGGCCUGAUGAAUGACAACUGGCACCACUUAAGCAGCUCAUGGAUGCAAAUGUAUAAUAUGUUCCCUCGUGUCAUGUAUUACCUGCCUGGACCACACAACAGAUUGUUCAAGAAUUAUGAGGAGUUGCGCUUCUUCAUUCUGGAGAUGGUCAAGAUGCACCAAGAGACCCUGGACCCUGAUUUCCCUCGCGAUUUCAUUGACUGCUUCCUUCUGAAAAUGCAGCAGGAAAAAGAGGACCCUCAUACCUACUUCCACACCAACACUCUUGUGAUGACCACUCACAACCUUUUCUUUGGGGCCACUGAGACAACCAGCACCACCCUCCGCUUUGGGAUCCUCAUCCUCAUGAAGUACCCUGAAGUGCAGGCCAAGGUCUAUGAAGAGAUUAACCGGGUUGUUGGCCCUCAUCGUAGCCCAUCAGUUGAGGAUCGGGUGGAAUUGCCUUACACUGAUGCCUUGAUCCAUGAGAUCCAGCGGAUCGCUGAUGUUGCCCCGAUGGGAGGCCCCCGUGCUGUUACAAGGGAUACUCAUUUUCGUGGCUACAUGCUCCCUAAGGGCACCAACGUCAUCCCUUUUCUUUCUUCCGUGCAUAAAGACGUCACCAAUUUCAAAGACCCAGAAAUGUUUGAUCCUACCAAUUUCCUGGGCAAGAAGGGAAGCUUCCACCGCCGUAAUGCUUUCAUGCCCUUUGGUAUUGGGAAGCGUGUGUGUCUUGGAGAGGCCUUGGCUCGCAUGGAGAUUUUUAUCUUCCUCACUGCACUUGUACAGCGCUUCACGCUCCAGCCCAUGGUUCCACCAGAGGAAAUCGACCUCUCACCAAUGAUGACCGGCUUAGCAUCUGUGCCGCACCCAUUUAAAUUCCAGGCCAUCCCCCGCUGA